GUGCUGAUUCUGGUAGAGGGCACGAGCCUGGGCCACUAGGGUUAGUUACCAUAGGCAACUAAGCUGACUGCUCCACCUAAGUCUCUAGGUUCUGCUCGUUAGGACACUGAAGAAGUUGCUACUAGGAGUUGUUUUCUUACGUCCUGUGCCGAUUACUCCCAAAGAAGCAGAGAUCGCCGUCUGAAGCGCCGAUAAUAGGCUGCAGACGCGCAUUUCGAGUUGGUGGGGUGCUUCGGGAUGCGGGUCCCGGAGGGGCCAGCAGCUAUGACCCUAUCAGGGGGACACGCUCUGAGGCGCAGAUCCUGAGACUAAAACAGUUUCAGCUUUAGUAGCUUUAGCUCAACGUAAACCUCUCCCCUAGGACUGGCCGCGGGAGCAGCCGUGCGCGGAUGUCGGAGCAGCAGCGGCGGGCGCGCGGAUGUUGAAGGAGCAGCGGGAGCGCGGACGGCGAUGGAGAUAGGGGCGCCCUUCGACGUGAAGCACGUGGUGCACGUCACCUUCGACCGCUACAAGGGCUUCAUCGGCCUGCCCGACGACCUCCUCGCCCAUGUCGACGCCGUGCCGCCCAGCGCCAGUUUGUCAGUGUUCGGGGUGCGGCCAGAGGCGCUGCACUACUCCAUCGAUGCACACGGCACCGGCGUUCCCACCAUCCUCCUGCUGCUGCAGUCCAGACUCUACCAACUCCACGGCCUCUCUGUGGAGGGCAUAUUCCGCAUUGCGGCGCAGAUGGAGGACGAGGACGGCGUGCGGUCGCAGCUGAGCUCGGGCGUGCUGCCGCCCAACCUCGACGUGCACAGCCUCGCAGGGCUCAUCAAGGCGUGGUUCCGCGAGCUGCCGGAGGGGCUACUAGACCUGUUCUCGCCGCACCAGGUGGCGGGGGCGACGGGCGAGGCGGCGGCGUGCGCGCUGGCAGCGACGCUGCCGGCCAUCCACCGGGAGCUGCUGGAGUGGGUGGUGAACCUCAUGGCGGACGUGGUGGAGCACGAGGCGGAGAACAAGAUGAACGCAAGGAAUAUAGCGCUCGUCUUCGCGCCCAAUAUGACCCAGGUGAUCGACCCCAUGAUAGGGCUGCAGCAUGCCGUGCGCGUGAUGGAGUUCCUGCGCGCGCUUGUGGAGAAGCGGCGGAGCGAGCGCGCCGCCAUGGGGGGUUCGCUGCCGGAGCUCACACAGGCAGGCGCGGACUCCACAGGGGCCGAGGGGCCGGGGGGAAAGGGCGGGUGAAGGGCGGGUGGAGUGCGGGUGGAGAGCGGAAAUAGAGAGGCAGGGCUGUCUGCUUGAAGAGGGUUGACCUGGAUAGGGGCUGUUGGUGACGCGGAUGGGGUUUGGAUCGGGAUGUGAAUUGGUAGGGUGUGUGGAACGGGUUUAGGAAGGAGACUGGACAGGGUUAACGGGUGGAGAGGUGUGAGGGACGAAGAGGAGUUGGGGGGAGGGGGGGGAUGGAAGUGAUGAUUGGAGGGUGCAGCUGAUGUUAGUUCCCGUCAAGGGUAUAGGAGUUGGAGUUUCGACAGCAGCAGCUGACAGUUGAGUGCAGCACUAGCGGCAUAUUUGUGCGUGCAACAACUGGGCAGGAUGUAGCUGACUGAUGGGGGAGUGCGGUCACAUCAUAGGCUGGAUUGUUGCUGUGCUACCACUGACAAAGUGUCAGUUUAAUACCCGUGUGAAGACUGGUGCCAGGGGGCAGUCAGCUCGGUGCUUUCCUGGAGACGCCUCUUCCUGGUGUCUUUGCAUCUGCUACUGCUACUGCUACUGCAGAUGAUGCUGCCUUUUGCUGGUGCUCUGUGCUGGUGCACAGGGAUGCUGCCUGUUGCGAAAGGCUGCAGGCUGUGCAUCAAGACGGCACAAUCUGCAUGGUUUGGCUGAGACAGGUCGUUGUCGGCUGGACUAGGCAUGACACAAGCAUCACGAUUCAUGAGGCUCUCAACCUGGGCUCUACCUCUAUGUUCCAUUUUUUCUGCUAGCCUUUUCGCGUUCUGUUCCAUUUUAGGAUAAGAUGUGGUUAGGAGAAAUCGUUUAGUGUUUAGGGUGAAGACUGUAAGGCUGGUGAAAGAGCAUGUCAAGCCAAUGAUGCUUGCAUUGCUCCGCCUAUCUUGCCCAACAUUUCUGGGACGUUUUGUUGGCACGCUCUUGAUUGAAUCCGAAGCACUUGUGC